AGAUAGAGACGCAGCCACUUCCCUUCCUUACCCUAACCUUGAACGCUUCUCUCAGAUCUCUUCUAGAAAUCAAAACCAUCUCACAAAAGAUGUCGACGAAGAAGAUCGUGUUGAAAAGCUCCGACGGCGAGUCCUUCGAGGUGGACGAGGCCGUGGCUCUCGAGUCUCAGACCAUAGCCCACAUGGUCGAAGACGACUGCGUCGACAACGGGAUCCCUCUCCCCAACGUCACGAGCAAGAUCCUCGCCAAGGUGAUUGAGUACUGCAAGAAGCACGUCGACGCCGCCGCUUCCAAGACCGAGGCCGUCGACGGUGGCGCUUCCUCCGACGAUGACCUCAAGGCGUGGGACGGCGAGUUCAUGAAGAUCGAUCAGGCCACCCUCUUCGAGCUCAUCCUGGCUGCUAACUACUUGAACAUCAAGAACCUUCUUGACCUGACAUGCCAGACGGUUGCUGAUAUGAUCAAGGGCAAGACUCCAGAGGAGAUUCGCCAGACCUUCAACAUCAAGAACGACUUUACACCCGAGGAAGAGGAGGAGGUGCGCAGAGAGAACCAGUGGGCUUUUGAAUGAUCAAUGGCCUGUCAUUGAAGCAAAACCCCUUUUAUGUUAUUGUCCUUCUCUUUACUCUGUGGAUGAUGAUAGACUUGGUUUUCUUUCUAUUUUCGCUUUGCAAUUCAUGACUAUUUUCGUCCUUAUUUAUUAAAUAUUAAGAACCUAUGCUUGCUCAA